AUGUCUUCUACCCCUGUUUCCUCUCCUAAUCGUCCUGGCCAUGAUGAGCACGUUCGUCGUCAGUGGUUGAAGUUUCAACAAGAUCUGUCCUUUUGCCAAGCUGCCCUUGAUGGUUUGAAGCGCGAGUUUGACUUGGACGUGCAAGGUCGUUCCAACCUGCAAGUCAAGCGAAUCAACCUUCUUCGCAAAGCUGCUGGGAGUUCCCCUUUGACUGUCUUCAUCUAUGGAUCCGAUGUCUAUGACAUAUUCUGGGUGAAACAUGAUGGAUACCCCCUUCCUGAUGUGAACGUCAUGCUCGAUGGUGCCACUCUGGAUAAUCUUUGGAAGAUCAAGCUGAUGAUGCCGAAUCCGUCCAAUCACAAGACCCUGACUGAUAUCUUCUGCGAGAAAUUCAACUGGGAUGUGGUCACCUUCACUGACCGAUACGACCGUUUCCUUGGCGAUGUGGAUUUGGUCCAUGAUGAACUGUUCUCCGAGGAUGAAGAUAUUACUGAUGACGAGUUGGUCGCGAGUCCUUGUAAUCUGUUUGAAGAUGGCGUUGUCGAGUUGGAGAAUGAAGACGAAGACGAGGAAGAGUCAACCGGAUCUCUUGUUCGCCCUUUUGAUGGCCCCCUUUCCCAGAUUGCGCCGUCGUCAUCUGAAGAGGAUGAUGAUGAUGUCUCGCCAGCCCCUGCCAGAAAGAGGGCCAAAGUAGAGCACGAAGAUUCUCCUGCCACUGCCAAGACUGCGAAGGAAAGCGAUAGCGAGUCUGAGGAAUAA